AUGUCCACGGUUUUUAGUAAUUGGGAACUGCUCGCAAAGGCAAUUAGGAUCAUGAUGUUCGGAAAGAAUUCACUAGACAUUUCUGGGUGGCCGCAUGCUAAUCUUCUUGCAUGGGGUUGGGUCACAUUGAUAUUCAUCCUUUCUCCUGAUGCUUCAUUCACGAAAGCUGGAGUUGGCGCAAAGUCUCGGCUACCAUAUGCUGCCAUGUUUACGGCCUACAAGCAGCUGUGGGUCACCCUUUGGGAUCAACCUCACAUUUACUUGAUCUGCAAAAAGAUCGAUGCCUACAUGUGGCAAUCAUCUUCGACUUCCAAUGUUGCGACAUCUGACACUGAAGGUGAAGAUUUUACCUCUGAUCUGAUGUGUUUGGCCAUCACAAAUGCAGGGUGCAAGGAAUCUGACUUUCCUGGACCGACUAUCGACAACACCUCUGAUAUUCCUCGACCAGUCACUCCCAUUUCACCCAUAGUCAUUCCGGCAGCAUCUGUGUCAGCCCUCACUCCUGGACCUGCAGUACUGGUCAUUGUUCCUGCUGCACCGGCCAUCCCAGUGCUUGGCCCUGCAAAAACUACCACCGCCCCAGAUCCCAAUCCUACAAUCCUCCUGCCUGCUCAACCGACCCCAACUGUGGCAUCUGCAGGUGUGGUCCAGGGUGCAGCUGCUGUUACAGUCACUGCGGCCUUUGAAUUCCCUCCAGCAGCUGCUGAAGUAUUACCCAAUGACAUAGAGAUUCUACCAGCAGUGGCGGCAGCUCCAUCCACUGGCCAUCGGGGUCGAGGAAGGCAGGCGGGGAUGCUGGCGCCUGUGUCUAGUGGGCCAGCAGGCCAGCCGACCAAAGUGAUCCCGGAAAAAACCCAGUUAGAUUAUUCGGAUAAGCCUUGGGAUCUAGAUUCCAAGGUACCGCAAAAUCAGCUUGGACAGUUGCAGCUGACAGUCAAUAUUUCUGAUUUGGUUGAAACCCUAAUUGAAGGCACAAUUGUGACACAAACUCAAUAUUGUAACAUGAAUUGUAACACAAAUGUAAUGUCACACUCUUUUAUUGCAACCUAUUGGGACUUCAGCUUGUCAUUGAUUCAUUGCAACACGUUACAAGGCAACGAAACCCAAUUAGGAAAUUUCCGACAUGCCCCACAACAUCUAAACAUUUCUCGCCUCCAUGAAAACCUCUUAAAGCCUAGCGAUCCAAUUCUUCACCUACCUGGUUACUUGAAAGCCCACGUUGAUGAUGUGGCAUGUCAUGCAUAUGCGAGCGCAUGCUUUGUGGAAAUCAACAAGCCCCUAUGCACCGGCACCAGCAACAACGACAGCAACCACUUCAAAGCAGAGAGUAAAACACUGGACAAACUCAAGUAUGACUUCCAUGUUAUGUACUUGAAGAAGCAACGCGCACAGUCCAAAGUGGACAUGUUUGCUGAAGCUAUAGCAUGCACUGUUGAAGGCGCGUCUUCUGCAAGUGCUACGACAAUCGAAUCACCUCCACUUGACGAUGAUUGGUUUGAUGGUUGGAACUUGACCUCAUCCCUAUCUUCCAAUGUCUCUGCAUUUCUGUGA